AGCCCUGAGGCUUUUGCGCACGAGACAGUCGGUGAUCCGCCAACGGGAGCGGGCGGGCAAGACCGGGGAAGACCGACUCCCUUUGAGCCACACCGAUCUCUCAAACGCGCCGCAUCUCCUGAUCUGGUGAAGUCUCCAUCACCACCAAGGAUCUUUACGCACAACUUUUUUUUUUUUACGCACAGCGGAAAGCGCUGCCGCUGAGCGCAUCUCGAUGCGUGGUCCGAGUCUCCUGAAACGAGCAGCACAUCGCAACUUCUACUCCCACAGGUGUGAUGAGGACGAGGAGGACGAUGAGAGCGCGGGCUGCGGGGAUGAAAGACGCGAACUGCUGCUGAGAGCGCGCGGACCACGGACACUUGCCCGGAACAGCGAGCCGCGCGGCGUGCCAAAAUGAGCCAGAGCUGGGUGAUCCUACAGAUAGUCCUCGCCACUAUCACGGGGGUAUCCACUCAAGAUGUGAGCAGUAAAGAAAUGACUGACAGCAGGAGCCCUGUGCCUUUCCCUGUCUUCCUGCCCGUCAACUACGAGGUCCGGGAUGCUGACUACCUCUUCCUUAAGGAGGCCGGCCAGGACUUCAUGAGGAACUCCAGCAUGCAGAGUCACACGCAGCCCUUUGUUAUUUUAAGAGCCAGCCGCCAGCCAGUUGUCAGUGCCAGCUAUGGAGCCAUGUCUACAGAGAGGUCUGUGCCACUGGAUCUGGUGCAGCCCGUGCAGCUCCUCAACACUCCGGACGUCUUUACGUUCAACUGGAAAAUCCAGGCCUUUGUGCUGACGCCUCGGGUUUUCUCCUCCAAACCCAAAGUGCGCGUCCUCUUCUACGUUGCAGGCAGGGAUUGGAGCAAAGAGGGAGCAGUGGACGAGCUGCCGUGUGUGACAGUGUAUGGUUUCUGGCAAACUCAGGAGGUGAGGGCUUCCUGCAACAUCGGAGUGGAGAGCGGAACCUGCAUGGCUGAACUUGUUCCAGUGCCAGGCUGGUUCGCACUGGGGUCAGAGGGCACCAGCAGGGAACGGCAAGAUCCAACUGUGGGGAACCCGGUGGAGCUGUACUACCAGGCUCAGCCCAGAGUCAACGAGAGAUGUAGUUCUGUGAAUGGAAGUCGAUGGAGUGGUUCCCAGCAGCAGCAGCAGCAGCAGACUGAAAAUGUUCCCGUCACUCCCAUGCAGAGGAUUGGAAGUGUGCGUCUCCUGCAGGUACCCAAGGGAAUGGCGACGCUAUCUCGGCUCAAACUCGGUAAUGCCAUCGUCAUCCGUACAUCCUCCAAACCUCUGAAGAAAACGGACAUUGCCACUUUCUACAUACUGAUGGCCAGCUCUGCCCAGCUGACCAACUUCACUCUCAGAGCCCUGGUAAAGAAGGGUGUGACCUUUCGAACAGUGACGCCCAGCAACUCUUUACUGUGGGACAUCACUCUGGAUCUGGGUGCUGACGGAGCCAUCGCUGUGAUUUGUCAGAGAAAGGGCCCCAUACCUGGGAAAAGGCUUGAAAGCAGUCUCCUGGAGGUACUUCAGAUGGACUUUGAGGUUGAGGAGCUGAGCAGUCCUGUUGACAGUCAGGUGAUCAUAUGGAAGCUGGAGCUACCAUCUGUGCCCAAAACCAUCGCCAAGACAGAAGGAGCCAUGAGGAUUUAUACAACUCAGAGAGACUUUGUUGGCCUGGCUCCUCUCGUAAUGGACACAGAGAUCCUGAACACGGCUGUGCUGACUGGAAAGAAGGUGGUGAUGCCUGUGAGGACAGUAGCUGUGGAGGAAGAUGGAGCAAUCACAGAUGUAUCAGACUACACAGACUGCAGCACCAGUGAUGAAGAUGUUCUCAAGGUGUCGGACAGAUGCGACUAUGUUUUUGUAAAUGGCAAAGAGACCAAAGGCAAGCUCAAGAUGACAGUCAACUUCACCUACAGCUACCUGAGUGCUCARCUUGAACUGAACGUUUGGAUGCCUCGGCUCCCUCUUCAGAUUGAGUUGUCAGACACAGAACUGAGCCARAUCAAAAGCUGGAGGGUACCAAUCCUGACUUCAAAAAGAUCUGUCUGGAACAGUGAUGAAGCUGAGCGGAGGGGCAAAGGCUGCAUGCUGCAGCUUCAGCAUGCCCUUGUGAGAGUGCUAACUCAUUUUGUGGCAGAGCAGGAAGACCCGCGAGAUCCUACAGCCUAUUUCCUGGGCCCUGAUUGGCAGGUGGACGUCACAAGGCUGGUUCGAUACUUCAUGAAAGUGGAGGACCCUCGAAUUGCAAAGCUGCAGGAAGGAAGGGUCCUGUCAGGCCGAGAUUUUGGGACCACAACCAUCCAGGUGUUCUCGCCGCUGUCUGAUGUUAUCUUGGCUAAGACAACUGUCAAAGUUGUGGAUGAUAAAGUCAGCAUCACAGAGUUAGGAGUCCAGGUGGUUACAGGCCUCUCCAUGACCUUACAACGUAGUCCAGGAAGCAGCAGGGCCAUUUUGGCUACAACAAUGACACAAGAGGUGCUACAAACUCCCAAACAGAAUGCUUUAGUCAGUUCCUGGAUACAGUUCAGUGACGGCAACCAGACACCUCUUGACAUUUAUGAUCCUGCUUUUUACCGUAUAACAGUAACAUCUCUAGAUCAGGGCGUAGUGUCAGUGCUGGGCAAACCUCCAGUUGUGGUGGCAGAGGGAGAAGGGGAGGGUGUCCUGGUUAGGGUAGAGAUGUCUAUCUGCGAAACCUGCCAGAAAUCCAAACGCAAAAGUACAGUGGCAGUGGGCAACGGUAGCCUUAAGGUCAAGUUUCAGGUGAAUAUUCGGCGGGCAGGCAGCAACACCCGCAACCUUGACCAAAGCUCUGUCGGCAAAAGCAUUGACUAUGGAAAUGAUAGGGAAGAGGUGGAUAACAAAAGGAAGCAGGGGAUGCCAUCUCAGUUUCUUCCCACAAGUAUCUCCAACUUUAACAAAGAAGAGAGUGCUGUUCAGAGGACUCCAACCACCAYCAAAACUACAGAAAAAACUGUGAUAACCAGUGGAAGUCUCGGAGGAGUGGGUAAAAUUAGUGUUUUACAAAAUGCCGGCAAUCCUACCAGUAUGGUGAACAUCAGUCUUUUUAACAACCCCAGAGACGGCAGCAAAGGAUACGGCUCAGACAAUAUGAUAGUGGAAGACAUGAGCAGUGUUGGCCUGUCUAGCACCAUGAAAGCUCCUGGGAAUCUGGUAAACUACAACAACUUCCCCACCAAGGUGGGGGUACCUGGGCAGGGGACAUCCGAGGUAGAWAUUGGUGGCGAAGAAGCACUGGCUAACAGGCCUCUAACAGACUUAGAAAUCGGCAUGUAUGCUUUGUUAGGUGUCUUUUGCCUGGCCAUCCUGGUGUUUCUAGUAAACUGUAUAUCAUAUGUUGUUAAAUUUCGGCACAAGAAGGAUUCCUCCCAUAGUCAAGAGCCAACAGGGCACAGGCAUGACUGGGUGUGGCUCGGCACAGACGCUGAACUGGUGAUGACCGUGCCAUGCAGCCCAUUGCACCAAGACUCCCAGACAACAACUACUGUGAUAGACAUUGGGCCUGAUAAGACAAGUUCUCUCUCUAGGAGACCCAGUUGCUUGGCCUCUGUGACAGGCUCCCCCCUUGGCUGUCCAGGCUCUAACAGAAACAAACCCAUGCAAAGUGACUCAAUCCACUCACCCACCAGCAAAAGAAAGAGAGUUCAGUUCACCACAUUCUCCACGCUCGAGCGCCAGCAUUCGUCACACCUUCCACCCAAGGAAAACGGCCAUGGUAUCCACUGGGUUGGAAAGGAGGACAGUAGUGGGGAGGAACCUCAAGUGCCCAUCAUAAAUCCCGUGGACCAGUUAUAACAGAACCUGAACAAACCUCAUGUGUACAGUAGAUGUGGCUUUGAUCACCUCAAUGCCUUUGUCAAGAAUAUGUGAUUUUGUAAUGGCCCCCAGCUUCAUUUAAUUGCCUACUAAGGCCUUUUACCACUGAGGAACAAAUGUGCCAUUUCUAAUUAAUUAUCCUGUCAUUCAAGAAUUACUCAAAUGUGUCAAUAUUAAAGUAAAAUUGGGUAACAAAUACAAAAAUAAUUUUAACAUACAUAUUUUAAUAAAUUCCUUUUAGUAUAAAUCUUUCAAUUAACAGUCCUGUGCUGCAGUGCAUCAUGAAAUUUAUUUGUCAGCAUACCACUUUAAAGUCAGUGGGCGGGGCUAAUGCUGAUCUAGUUGAGACCAUCAUAAGAUGGCAUUAUUUCCAAUUAAAGAUCAACAGUUUAGUUGAGUUCUUAUAAGUUUGAAAAAGAUAUUUUACACUUAAUGAAAAAAUAAACAAAAACAAAAAAACAAUAUUUUUUUUGUUAAAAAUAUGCAUAAUUUGCAUACAAAAAUAAAUAAAUACAUACAAUUUGGAAAAAAAAAUACAAAGUGCAUUGAUUGGCUCUGCUUUAUGGCUACAUCUGUCAAACAUCCUGAAAAUCCAGUAUUUUAUUGAAAAAAAUAAAGAAAUUUCCUUUAAAAAACAGUCUUAGAAUAGGAGUAGAGGAAGGAAACCCAUCUUUUCACAUUGCUAAUGCAUAAAUUUACUUGGGUGUUAAUCGUGGAAAUGACACAUUAGCAACUCAUAAACAUGUAUUGUACAUGUAAAUAGAGUAUUAAUGAUGCAGUUUGACAUAUAUUUUGGCUGCUAGUGGCCUUUUUAUUCUACUUCAGUAUCAUGCAGUUUGAAUUGCAUCUCUUGUCUUUGGCUGCUCAGAUUCAAACCAUUUUGAAAAAAAUAAAAUAAAAUAAAAAAGGGUGUGCCUCCCACAAAUCAACGGACAGAUAACACACUGUUUCACUCCAUUUUUAUAAACCAAACAUAAAAAAUUAUUUAGAGUACAGACCUAUUAUGUCAGAUAUUUACAUAAAGCUUUUAUAGCUUUGACUGUUUCAAUGUCCUUGACCCUUUAAAAACAAUGAAAACCUUUAUUUUAAUGUUGCAAACAUUUAACCAUAUGUGAACAAAGGCCACAUAUUUGUUAGUAAUGCCUAUAUGUGGAGUUGGGAACCAACACUAUAUCGCCAUCAAGUAUCCGUAUUAGCUUGGACGCUAACAAAUUUUAUAAUUUCUAAAUACCAAACAGUUUAUGGUAUUUUCACAGUCUUUUACAGUUGAAGUAAAUGUUUAUCAAAUAAUGUCUAAUGUUACAAGUAGCUGUGGUUCACUUUAAACAUUUACCUUAAAUACUUAAAAUUUUAAGAAGAAAUGUGCAAGGCCAGAAACUUAGGUGAAAACACUGAUAUAGUUAUAGUUUUAUAUGAUCCAAAUUACAGACAUUAUGUUCAGUCUUCCUCCAUUUCAUGUAAGCAUAAACAUGUUGUGUGACAGUCAUAACAGUGAAACAAGAAAUGCACAGUGGUACGAUGUCGUGGAUGAAAUGAAGUAUUAAAUCAAACAUUUCUAUAUUUUUUAUUUCAAUUAUUUGAGUUACUCUGUAUAUUGUUUCAGUAUCUACUUUACAUCAACCCAUGUUCUAACCAAUCAGAUGUUAUGGCCUGCUGAUGAGCUGCAGUCAUACAGGAAAUUAUGUCUUGAUGCGCUGAAGAACCAGAACAAUGAAGCAUUGAUAUAGAAAACAAAUUAUCAGUUUGUACAUAAACAUAUAUAGUGUUUAACAAAUUAUUUGUGUAUUUGUGUCCAUUUACAAUUAUUGACACAUUUCAGUAAAUAGUUUAACUUGUAUUUCUGUAUUUAUUUCCACAUUUUACGAAGUGAUGACCUACUGUACAUAGCUAUCUAAUGGUUUAUUUAUUUGUCACAUUGUGGCAAUUUUAGCCCUCCAUAUUUUACAUGUACAUGUACUGUAUAAUGUAUAUACCUGAAAUCAAAGACUGGAUGUGUGUGAUAAUGUUUCAGAUGGUGAAGUUACAAAAUGUUUAAAGCCACAAAAUGUUCUUGCUGCAUGUGGAUCUACAUCUGUACAUUUGUGAAAACAACA